AUGUCAAAUCCUGAGGAGAAAGAGCCCCAGAUCCUCGAAGAUGUGCCUUAUGUGACGCAAUUUGAGAAAGGUUUGAGUCGAUUGACGGCCAAGAAGGCAGUCAUAGAGCAUAUGACACGAUUGGCAGAAUUGGCACAGAGUGAAGCCCUUACGAUAACCAAGAUGAUUGAACGUAAGCUUGCCAACUCUUCAAAAGACACCACGGUUUCAACAUUCUAUCUCAUUGACAGCAUAAUCAAAAGUGUUCCCACUUACAAUGCGUUGUUUACUCCUAGAAUUUAUUCGUUGUUCGUCAAUGCCUACAGUAAUUGCAGCACAAUGGAACAUCGUGGGAAAUUGCAGGCUGUAUAUGGGACAUGGACUGGUGAAAUUGUUUCCUUUCCUCAUGAAAUAUUGGACCAGAUCAGAGGAUUUCUCGAGCGGGCAUCUCAAGUUAGCGAUAUGGAAAGAAGAAAGGCGCUAUUAACUCCCGAUGGAUUGACGUACACGGGAAGAGAAUUGCUACGACACACGUUGUAUUUGGAUCAGAAUUUGAAUGCAUUCGAGUCUGAUAUAAAGUAUCUCAAUGAGAGAGAAUUCAACUUGUAUAAACACUUUUUAAGGGAGAGAAAUCGGUUGGUGAUCAAAAUCAACGACGUUUUAGAAGCAGUUCAAGAUGAUUUGAGACCUAAAUCUAAUGGCGAGAAUAUACUGCCCGUGUCGGUACAGUUACCAGAUGAGUUCAAGAUUCGCGCACAAAGCCACGGCCAGGAUUUGCAUGACAUAAAGAUGGCUUUGGAUAAUCUUCACAGGCGACAAGCUGCAUUCGUAGAGGACAUGACCACACGUAUCAACACACUCAAGGAAGAAGAAUUGAAGGGGGAUAAAAGUAGACAAAGGAGGUCACGAUUUGAAAAGUUUAUGCGAGAAAAUGAAGUUGUGAUCUCUCUUGUGCCUAAGACGGAGUUUUUUCAAUUGUCUUCGAAAAAUUUUGCACAUGUGAUUAAAGGGUUUGGAAAGCGUGCCGUGGAUAAGGACUCUGUUCGGAAAGUUACAAAUGGAGAAGGUGAAGGGGAGAAAAUAGAUUCGAUAUCAAGCCGAGGUGCCGCUAAGCCAGGGAAAGAAAAGGUGAUCACUGUCAAAAAAGAGGGCAUCAGAGAGCCAGAAAGACCUGCCCUUGGUGAUGACAUGUUAGGGUUAUUCGGUACUUCUAGCAGUAGUCUAUUUGGAGACCCUAAACCCAAAAGGAGCAAAUUGACUGUAAACGAAAGUUUAUUAUUUGGGCAUAAUGGUCCCGCCAACAAUGCUUCUGAAAGGCAAGAUGAUUACACGCAGAAACGGCGAGUUGUAAAAAGAGGUAUCAGUGAUGGAAAGCACCGCUCUCGCCAAGUGGAAGAUGUCGUGAAUGUUGCAAAAGAUGGUGGUGUUGUUGACAUUGAUAGUGACGUGGAGUCUGUUGUAUCCUGUUAUGCUGAUGAAGAUGAGACCCUGCAACAAGAUCAAUUCCGGAAAAUGACAGAUGCUGUCGAUACCACGAGACAGCCAGAAGGUGCAGUCAGAAUUGAGCUGAAUGGUUCAAGCUCCAAUGACUUAGCUUUCAAUGGGAAGGAAUCACCGAAACCCAAAAUCGUCAUCAAGAAAGAAAAAGAGGGUGGUUUCCCCACCAGCAUGGUGUCUUCGUCAUUACUUUUUCCGGAUGUCAAUUAUGAAAAGCGAGAUUCAAGAAAUGGUGAUAAUUCGAAUAUUUCAAAGGAAAACCAGAUGCCUCGUGAUUUUAUUGGAGAUAAUGUUUCGGGAAAGUCUCCGCAUAGUUCCUUGGAUCCUAACGGGCAAACCAAGAAGAGUGACAACCCAUUUAAUAAUUCAAAUGGGAUACAAACUGUUAGGCAACCAAUCUCUGCUGGAUCAGAGGGCGAAUCUCAAAGUAUAGAGAACGAUUUUGACGAUCCCGAGAGUGUAUUUAGAGACCCUUCUACGGCGCCAUUGCAUGACGUGGAUGAAAAUUCAAAGCAGCCCGAACCUGAUCAGAAAGAGCAGAAUAAAGUUGCACCACAAGAAGGUGAUGAGAAGGUGGAGGAUGAUGACCAUCUUGAAAACCCCGAGAUUGUUUCUCAAGAGCAGACUAGGAAGUCACUGCUGCAAAGGAGGGACGACUUGGAAAACACCGCAAAUGGAUUGCAAGAACCAUUUAAACAGCUAUCGUCUUUUGCAGGGUCAAGAAUGGGGCCAAAAGAGGAACCACAACCGAAAAUUGAAGUCGCUGAAAUGGAACACCAAGAUUACAUUCAAGAGUCAGAGCUGGAGGAUAAACGCAGCUCUCGCAACGAGGAACCAUCAUUACCUAUACUGGAGCCCAAUGAUCACCCAUUCCCGCUUGAGCUGAGGUUGCUAGAACAAGAAUCUCCAAAUCGAAACCUCACUACAAUUGAUCUAUUGAGCAACGCGCACAAGUCACGACAUAUGGAGGCUGCACAAAACAAACAAGAAAUAAUGCCAUCAACUGACGAGAAUAUACAGGACUCGGAUGUAGGUAUGACAGAUGUUGAGGCACCAAAACCAAUCCCUCUAUCAGGUGUAAAACUUGUGCAGCAAAAUGCAUCAUUUGACUCCAACAUCCCCUUAGCUGAAGUGAGAGCUCCAACUCCAACACCAAUUCCUCCCGCACCAACUGAUCAAUUGCGUGAAGAAUAUGCUGAGCAAGACUCAUCAUUUAACUCAAAUACACCAUUUGCCAAACUUAGACGACCCACUCCACCUGCUCUUCGUUCAGCACCAGCCACCGAUACACAAGAACCAAACUCAGAUCUCGGUCCUGAGAUUGAGUCAUCGGAUUUUGAUGUUUCACAAGUUGGUUUCAGACCACCGACACCUCCCAAUGCUUCACACGCUCAUGCUAAGUUAGUAACUUCAUUGGUCAAAACAUCGGCCGAACUGCACGUUUCCAAUCCACUCAAGAGAUCAAGACCAACCCUGGGGGACGAAGAAGGAUUACCGAAAAGAUCAAAGACGUCAGGCUCACAAUCUUUGGUGGACCCCGAUUUAAAUAUGCGACCUACUGAAGCUGCUAGUGUUACUGCAGCAGCAGCAGCUGCACCCGUAGCAACCUCAACGCCGCCUCCAGAACCGCAAACGCCACCACUGCAUAUACCACCCUCACAUUCACCAAAGUCACAUACUGAGCAACCAAAGUUUCCUCCGCCACCACCACCACCAUCACUACGUUCUCCUCAACAACCACUUUCCUUUUCAGAAAAUGGCGAAACUCCACCUACUCCUCAAGGAAUCGACAAUGUAGCUCUGGAGGUGAAAGUAGAAGCAUCCGCACCAUAUCCCGGCAAACCCGCACUUGCUCGAAAACUCAGUCUCAGCGAGUUUAAGUUGAAGAGGCAAAAAUCUGAUAUUCACGCAGCACCAGUGACAAUAAAGCCAGCUCUGGUGAAUGGAAGUGAACCUAAAACUACUGCUUUGUCAGAUGAUUCAACUCCACAACCACAACAACCUCAACCAAGUCAAGGUGUUGGAAACAUUUCUUCAACACCGGGAUUGAAGUCGAUUCUUCGAACACCUGUCGAAAGGGAGAGCAAACUGAAAAAGAGGGUGAGAUGGGAUCCCGCAUUACUUUAG